CGGAUUCAUCUCAUGGUCAAGGACUGCAUUGGUAACUACAUGAGCAAGGAUGAAACACUGAGAUAUCUACAGACUCGGUAUCAAUUCACACGUAAAGAUAUCAAGAAAGCUUGGUCUGCCCUUGAACGAAACAAUCCAGAUUACUUCAUAUUACACAAUGAAAGGACCCGUGAGCGCAAUCUAAGGACCUGUGAGCGCGUUGCAUCAAGUUCGCCACGAGAGGGAACUUCAGCUAUACAGGGAGAGCAAGAGCAGCAACGUCUAUCUCCACCACCAGCUUACCCCAACGACUUUUGGCAGCAGCUUUUGAAUACUUUGGACCAGAUUCAGAGUAAGACACAGCAUUUGAGUACUUUGCGUAAGAUUCAGAGUGAUACAGAUCAGAUGGUCAAGCUACUGACUGAUGGUCAUGAAUUUGGACCACAUCCUUCUGCUGCGGAGGGAUCCUCCAAGAGACAGCGACUUGGGGAGAAUGAAAAGGCAGGUGGCGAUGGAGAAACAGAGAAGCUGCAGAAGAAAGAUGAAGGUAACAAUGAAGAACUGCAGAAGAAAGAGGAAGGUAACGAUGAAGAAAUGCAGAAGAAUGAGGGAGGUGACAACGAAUAAGCAGAGAAGCUGCAGGAUCAGAAUCUACAAAUGGACAGUUCUUAUGUUAGCAUAGUUUUUUGAUUACCAGAACAUAUUGCGGAGGACACAUACAUGUUGCUUGCUUUCUUAUUACCAUCCUAGACGCUACUACUAGUACUAGCUACGCAGUUAAAAAAAAAACAUUGUAUUGUUGAGAAGAGAUAAACAUGUAACAAGUUAAAUCUAAUGGAGUUUUUUCAUAAUUCGGUUAAUGUUGUA